GGCCACUCAUAGGGCUAGAUGGAUGCCAUUUGAAGGGGGUCCAUAAAGGUCAACUAUUAUCAGUUGUAGGCAUAGAUGGGAAUAAUGGGAUUUAUCCCAUUGCAUGGGCAAUAGUGGAGAGAGAAGCAAGGGAUAGUUGGACCUGGUUUUUAGAGUUGUUGAGGGUUGAUCUUCAAAUUCAUCAUUCAGUCCAUUAUGCUUUUAUUUUUGAUAAGCAGAAAGGCCUGGAGCAGGCCAUUAAGGACUUGUUCCCAUUUGCAGAACACAGGCAUUGUGUUCGCCAUUUGUACAAUAACUUCAAAUCUGAUGGUCACAGUGGACUUGAGCUAAAAUAAAAGCUCUGGGCAGUUGCAAGAGCCACCACCAUCAGAAAAUAUGAGCUUGCAAUGGAGAAUAUGGCAAAAUCUUCAAGUUCUGCAUGGAAGUGGUGCAAGGAUAGGCCUACAGUUCAUUGGUCUGAGUAUCAUUUCAAGGAGCAGUUCAAAUGUGACAUACUUCUAAAUAAUCAUAGCGAGUCAUUCAACAAGUCAAUUCUUCCAGCAAGAAAGAAGCCAAUUCUUGGCUGUUUGGAGGAUAUAAGGACCAUGACUAUGGUGAGAUUAGCCAAUAGAAGAAACUAGGGGCCAAACUGGAAGUGUAGUGUGGGACCUAGAGUGGAGAAACUCCUGAAAAAGAAUGCUGAUUGGAGCCAUGACUAUAGACCUUUAGAGUCUAGCAGUAUGAGGUUUGAAAUCCAAGGCAGUGGUGUGGGUUGUCAAUCUGGUGUGCUAGCACAACACUCAGUGCAGUUGGACAAUCAUUCAUGCACUUGCAGAAGAUGGGACCUUAGUGGUCUUCCAUGUGGCCAUGCAAUUGCAGCCAUAUAUUCCAAGGGGCAAUCACCUGAUGAGUUUGUACAUGAGAGUUACACACAGGAUAAGUACAUGAAGGCCUAUGAGCCAGUCAUCAACCCCAUUGCUGGAGUGCAAGAAUGGGAGCUCAUACAUAGGCCAAUUGCACCCCCAUUAUAUAGGGCACAACCAGGAAGACCUAAAACCAAUAGAACCAAAGCACCAGGUGAAGAAGAACCUCCUGCUGAUACUGAGAAAUUACCAAGAAGUUACUACUCUCAAGUGAAGUGUGGCAGAUGUCAAAAAAAGGGGCACAAUGUUAGAACCUGUUUAAGAAGGAAUCAGGGGAAUGUGGAGAAUGAGCAAAUGCAGGGGAAUGGGGGAGCUGUGAAUCAACAGCAGCAACCCCAAGCUCAAGGGAAUGUGGGGGCUGUGAAUCAGCACUAG